CAAGUCCAAGCACUACUUGCCUACCACCUAUCGAUAUAAUAAUGCGAGUGCUCACCGUUGCUGCUACCGCAAUCGCUGUGGUUGUUGGAAAGUCUGACGCCGCAUGCCCCAACACAAACCUCGGCAGAUGUGGCGACGCCUCCAACCCUGAAUGCUGCCCUGAGGGGAACUACUGCAUGCCGUGGGCGGCCAACAACUAUCAGUGCCUGCCUGCUCCCGCCCAGUGUUCUCGCCAGUUCACAGGCUACGAUUUCUACGGUGGUGACAUCAAGACGGUGUAUGGUCUGCAACCGGGAGAAUGUUGCGCAACGUGCCUGGCAACCAGCGGUUGCUUGGCGUACACUUUCAUCAACGAAAACCAGGGUACAACUGCUUGCUUUCUCAAGGCGGGAAUGGGACAGCCGAGGAAAGUUGUUGGUGCCAUGUCGGCUGUCCUCGACAGCUACACAAGUGACCAGGACCACACCCCGAAGCGCCGUCUGCAAGGCGACAGCCCUCGCGUUGAGCUUCCGGGACUCUAGACAGUCGAAAGCUAAAGUAAGACCGAGACUCCUAACACUUAAAGUGUACACUGU